AUGCCGGACUUGACCCAGUCUGAGCCUUUACCGAAUGAUGAACUGCUGAAAGAAAUAGACAGUCAAACCGCCCGUCCCGAGGUCCAUGGUGCAAACUCUAAGACUCCACAGCUUGGCCCCCAGAACCUGAACCAACGUCUCGAGGGUUCAUCUAUUGAAGCAAGGUCUCCUGGCUCUAAUCAAAACCCAGGCAGAGCAGUCUCACGAAGGCAGUCGAGUGGCCUCAUUAGAGACGAUUCAGGGCACGCGCACUUUAUAGGACCUUCGGGAACAUUGUCUUUCUUUGCCGAUCUUCGGCAACUUAUCUCAUCCCGUGAGAAGAAGUCAGGGGAGACAACUGCUGAUUCAAGGUCUCCCUUCACAAACGAUGACACAGCAAAAGCCCUUGAAGCCAAUGACAUUCACCACGAAAGUAAUGAGCAGGAUGAAGCUGGAGUCACCAAUGGACCGUCACCCCAAUCGAUCCUGUCGGACUUAUCGAAAGAGUUCUCCGGACCUGUACGUCCUGAUCCAUCGCAUUAUUUGAAGAUUCUUCCCCCACAAGACACCAUCAACGACUUGUGCCAUGUCUAUUUCACCAAGAUUCAUAGUGAUUUCCCUCUCUUUCAUCGGGCCACGUUUGAGGACGAACUGGAAGCGUUUGUGGUUCAAAGGAGGUCGAAAGUGCUGCCACAUGCACGUAAAGCACAUGAGACAACAUUGACUACGUACGGACCCGACUUUGGCUGGCUUGCAAGCCUGUACAUGAUCCUGCUCCUUGGAUCCGCAGUCCAAUCAAGCAGCAAUGUUGGAUACGAUGUGGUUGCGAUGCGUCGGACUUGCCUGACUGAAGCUCGAUCAUUGCUGCCACAGCUCGUCAGCAGAUGCACGAUGACAAACGUGCAGGCUCUGCUUUUGCAUUCUUUAUUUCUGCACAACAACAAUCACCGAAAUGGCGCGUGGAAUCUUCUGGGGACUGCCACUAGGAUCUCUUUUGCGCUGGGCCUACACCGUCAAGAUCUGGAUACCUCCUUCCGACCGAUUGAGAGAGAACUGCGUAAACGUGUCUUCUGUACGCUGUAUGGCUUCGAACAGUUCCUGUCAUCAAGUCUCGGAAGACCCAGUGGUCUGAACGAAUUCGAUGUUGAGAUCAAAGCACCACGUGAUGGCUUCCUGGAUGACGGCGCUGGUACCAGUUCUGAUUUCACUACCGCUAGAUUGAAAUUACAGAAAGUACUAGGUCAGACGAGGGCGGCGAUUGCAAAACUAAAGGAAAAACUGAGUGCGGAUGACGAAACUAGCAUCUCGUGGGACUCGGCACAUGCACCAGAUGAGGAAGUCCUCGACAUGCUAGAGUCAUGGAAAAAGGACCUUCCGUUCCAUUUACGUGUUCCUAGUAUUGGAAGCCUUGACGGACUCGCACUACCAAAACCCGCCAGUCACGACACUACGGGCGAUAUGUCUUUACACAGUUUUGGUACAUUAUUGUCGCGCCAAACACCGGAACAAUUGCGAGCUUUAGUGAAGCUUCAUAUUCAGUACCAUUACAUCGCACUUUUGGUCACUCGGCCUACACUUCUGUGGGAGGUAUCUUCUACGAGCUCCCGUGAUCCGAGUCACGGAGCAAGCCAGCAGGCCGUUCAUGAGGUAACUCACGAUGGGAGCGUCCACAUGUCAGAGCAUCCCUCGUCUAUAAGCGAGACCUGUCAAUAUCAUGCUGCUCAAUUGGCUGCACUGAUUGUCCUUCUGGACAGGUUUCGGCUCCUUAACGGUGUUUCUGCUCUUGAUGUGUUCUACGCUUACUCAGCUGGCCUUGUCCUCAUUCUCGGGUUAUUGAGACCCCAAAAGCAGGAUUCGUGCUCGGAUGUGCGAGCACGAGAGCAAAGCUCGCCCAGUCAUGAGAGCAAGGUCUUGAUAAGCAUUCUCAGGUCGACGAUCAGGAAAUUGCCAAAGUGUCCGACGAUGAAACGGAUGGCCGGUGUCAUGGACAAAUUCGCUAGCUCUAUAAUCCAAGAAGAUCAGCCCGGAGGUUUGGAGCACAAUGCUGAUGUUGCCCUCGGGCAUAUCUCAGCAGAGGAAGACUUGCAAGGUCAGCAACAUGGUAUAACAGCUAGGCACGCAGGUGCUCCUCUCGAUCAAAAACAGUCUGGAGGUGUUCUCCGGGAUGGCGACGAGAGAGCUCGACUUUCUGGGAUUAUAGAAGAAAGAAGUACACACAUGGGAUCAUUCUGGCCAUCACCGGGCGAAUCAACACAUGCCGGAGGCGCUCAUAACCAUGGCAAUCUCAUCCCAGCUGGCCCAGGUGGUUUGCAUGCGAGUCAUCAACAAUUGGGCUAUACCCAGCACCACUCACAUAUGAACACGUCUGGAAAUGGUCAAUUGUUUGACUUUGGACAGCAUCGGCAAAUGUCGCAUAUGCAUUAUGCAAGCCAUCCAGCUGGUCACACAGCGGCUGCUGGUGGUGGUGGUGGUGCCGGUGGUGGUUCGUCAUUUCAUCACAUGCAGCUUAGCUAUCAUUAUGCCCAUAAUUCAUCGGAUGCGUCACUUUCUCUGGAACCGUUUCGCAGCGAUGCACCGGGGAUGCAGUCGGAACAUGCGUUGUUCUCGGGACUACAAGGACAGCAGCAGAUGCAACAGCACUCGUUCUGGCAUGAUCCGUUUGGGAGGUUGGUGGAUGGACACAUUCUGGACUGGGCUGACCUGGAGACGUUUUUGGCUACAUAA